AUGGCGACUAGCAUCACGAGGCUUCCGGUGGAAACGAUAGGGGACGUCUUGCGCAGACUCGAUAGCUUCUCUACGCUGGCAGUCUGUAUCCGCUCCAGUCCCGUCUUCUGGAGAGCCUUUCAGGAGAACUCGCAGGUUUGUCGCGACAUUUUGAAAUUUCGGAUAGGCCUCACACUGCUUCCCUAUGCAAUCGCCAUCUACGAGGCUCGCCAUCGUCGUAAUCUGAACGUGUACACCGAAGAUGAAACGCACUCUCUGCUUGACGCGCUGUACACCGAUCCUGCCAGUAUUUCAAGGCGCUUGGCGAGGAUCGACACAGAUGGCCUGAAAGAGAUCGACCGCCUGCACAACGUCGUUCAGCGAAGCGCCCAUGAAUUAGCAGAAAGAGCACUGUCCGUCAUCGAGUCUGGCUCGGAAGGAAUUGAGGUGGGCAGGAUUGCAUCUACGUCAGAGCUGCACCGGCUCUGUCAGGCCCUCUAUCGUGUCGAGCUAUACAUGCAGCUCUUUGGCGCAAACGGGAAGCCAGAAUGUCAGCUGUCAUUUGAGCUGCAGAAGUCGUGGUUUUUCGACCGACAUCCGCCGUGGAUGAAUGAGCAGCUAGCCUGUGUCCACGAUUUCCUGGAAUGGAAAUUGAGUCAUUCACUGCAUCACCUGACCUUUGACGGUAAAGACUUUGAUGAUUCAUUUUUGGAUCGACGGCCAAGGGGCGUGGAGAAUCACUGGAUGCAGUGCUAUAUGUCCCGCGGGCUUCUUUUCAUAGACGACCUCGAGCACGCCGAUGCAUACAGAACGAAAAUACAGCUUCUGCUAAAUGCCAUCGGCUCAGGAACAGCACGAUUCGCCGAAUCACUCAAAUCGCUCUCCAAAGACUCUGGCCAAACUGUUGUUCAAGAAUACCUGCUAAGCGAGCUCAUCUGCCCCAUUGACGCGGCUGCCAUCUCCGUCCGCUGGAUGCACCCAUACAUUCCGGUACCAGAGCAAACAUCCAAGACGUACUCCUCAGCUACGAUGGGUUUUCUAAACCGGGUGCUAAAGUCAUACGCAGAGGUAGCAGUGCGCAGUCGCGGCAAUCCUCCGUUUGUGCACAAAGCGCAAGUGGGACAUCUUGCGAACCUGCGAAGCCUUGCCACGCCAACGAUGGACAUGUGCCUGCAAACAGUUAGCAUGGCUGACGGCAUAUCUCCCGGAGGAAACUGUGCCCAACUUGUGGCCGAUGUGCUGAUUCGUGAAAUGGGUGCUCUGUCUGAGCGUCACGGGCGAAACGAAGACAACGAAGGAGCAAUUCUAGAGGAUGCACACAGUUCCUUGGACCGGCUCGCCUCUUUUCAGGCGUACCUUUUAUAUGUUAUGGUGCUCGUGUUUUACAUCGAUCCCGGUGGGGUGCAGACUCGCCCGUUUCUCCGCCACGCCGUCGUGGCGGCCCUGCAGCAGAUGGCCAGCGCCAGCGCGUGCGACGGGCUCGUGUGUGCAGCCGAGCUUCGGCGGAAGCCUGAGAGGUCAUCGUGGGCUGCCUCUGUGGUUGCCGAGGCCAAACGCCGCACGCUCUUCACUCUAUACCUGGUUGAAAGUGCUCUCGCGGCCCAGGAUGGCCUGCCGACCUUCAUGGGCACGGAGCUGCGCGGGCUGCCAGCACCAACCGCCGGUGCUCUCUGGACAGCCACGACGCUGGAUCAGUGGGAAGCUGCCUACGGCGCAUACGCAGAUGAUUGGCUUGUCGACGGCCAAGGACCCCUGCGCAUCAAAGAGCUGUGGACACCGCCUUCGGACCUCGACGCAGCUGGCGUGGCGUGCAGACAUCGGCGUGUCGACCGCUGGCUCCAGAGCGUCGACUCAUUUGGCACGAUGAUGUAUGCGGUGACGAGCCACACUCACGGCCCUCUCUUCCGAAGUAACGCCAUGGCUGAAGAAGGGGAGCCUGGAUUGGAAGAAAGGCCUCCGGCUUCCUCGACAGAAGAACAACCUUACAGCAUUUUUGACAAACGACAGAGGGCCAUCAUCGUCCUCUUCGCCUCUGUAGCUGCUACAUUCUCCGGAUUUGCGUCCAACAUUUAUUUUCCCGCUCUUCCCACCAUUGCCACCGACAUGGACGUCUCGGUCGAGCUCAUUAAUCUCACCGUGACGGCCUAUCUCGUUUUCCAAGGUCUCGCCCCCAGUCUCUGGGGCCCUGUGUCCGAUGCAAAAGGACGCCGUGUUGCCUAUGCCGGAACCUUUCUCGUCUUCAUCGGGGCCUGUGUUGGCCUUGCCCUUGCGCUCAGCUAUGCCGCCCUCGUCGUCCUGCGCUGUCUCCAGAGCACCGGCAGCGCCAGCACAAUUGCCAUCGGUGCCGGCGUAGUCGGCGAUAUUACCACUCGUGCUAACCGCGGUGGCCUCAUGAGUAUAUUCCAGGCCGGCCUUCUGGCACCCGUCGCCGUCGGUCCCGUCAUUGGCGGUGCUCUGGCCGGAUCUCUCGGCUGGCGCGCCAUCUUCUGGUUUCUCGUCAUCUACGCUGCUGUCUUCCUCAUCCUGCUGCUUCUAUGCCUACCCGAGACCCUUCGUGCACUUGUAGCCAAUGGCAACCACACACCCACAACGCCGUUUUCUCGUUAUCCGCUCGUCUUUUAUCAGCAGACUACGACUACAAAGUACGAUCUACAAACAACCGACGUUCACGCACUGCAAUCGAAGCGAGCUCACAUCGACGUCACCGGCCCGCUACGUAUCCUGUGUAGCAAGCAAGCUGCUCUGCUCAUUUUCUUCGUCGCCGUUUACUACACCGUCUGGCAGAUGUCUAUCACCGCCAUGUCCACCCUGUUUUCGGAACACUACGGCCUGGGCACCACCCAGAUCGGCCUCACCUUUAUCGCAAACGGCGUGGGCUGCAUCGCAGGCACCCUCAUCACCGGCCGUCUCCUCAACAUAGACUACCAGCGCGUAAAGAUCAAACACGACCUGCGACAGCCUACUAUGUCUUCCGACUUUCCGCUUGAGGAAGCCCGUCUUCGUCUCGUCCCCGUCAUGGCUCUGCUGCAGUGUGCUGCCGUUCUUCUGUUCGGCUGGACCGUUCACUUCCCCCACCGCGUGUCUAUUGCUGUGCCUAUCGUUGCCACUUUUCUGACCGGCUGGACGGCCGUGUCCACCCAGUCCGUCGUCAUGACCUACCUGGUCGACGUCUUUCACGACCGCGGCGCUGCAGCCGGCGCCAGCCUCAACCUGGCCCGCUGUCUGCUUGCUGCGGGUGGUACCAGCUUUGUCAUGCCGCUCAUCCGUGCCAUCGGAGUUGGGCCUGCCCUCUCGCUCUGUACCGGUGUUCAGGCCGUUGCCCUUCUGGCACUUGCAGUGCAGUGGAGACGUGGACCGACAUGGCGGCGGGAGGCCGAAGCUAAGCAGGAGGCUAAGAGAAAUAGAUGUUGA